AUAAUGCUUAGAGAUUUCUCUCUCGAUUAAUUUUUUCAAGUUUUAAUCAGUUUUAGAAUUGCAUAUAAAGUUCAGUGAUUAAUAAGGAUGUACUACGCUUGAUUAUAUUGUAUAUAAAGAAAAGAAGAUAUUUGUUUACAAGUUUUUGUAUAACAAUUUUUGAAAAAACCAAAAAUGCCAGAUAUAAAAAUUACACCACUCGGUGCUGGACAAGAUGUUGGGCGUAGCUGUAUUCUUGUUUCAAUGGGUGGUAAAAACAUUAUGUUAGAUUGUGGAAUGCACAUGGGAUUCAACGAUGAGAGACGCUUCCCUGAUUUUUCUUACAUAGUUGCGGAAGGACCUGCCACCAAUUACAUUGAUUGUGUCAUUAUCUCUCAUUUUCACUUGGAUCAUUGCGGCGCCCUUCCAUAUUUUACGGAGAUGGUAGGCUAUACUGGACCAAUUUACAUGACACAUCCGACUAAGGCUAUUGCGCCAAUCUUGCUGGAAGAUAUGAGAAAGGUCGCGGUCGAACGUAAAGGUGAAAGCAAUUUUUUCACAUCGCAAAUGAUAAAAGAUUGCAUGAAGAAAGUCGUCGCUGUUACGCUUCAUCAGUCUGUAAUGGUCGAUCCGGAAUUGGAAAUAAAGGCAUACUAUGCUGGACACGUGCUCGGAGCAGCUAUGUUUUGGAUUCGCGUGGGCUCGCAAUCUAUCGUUUACACGGGAGACUAUAAUAUGACGCCAGAUCGACAUUUGGGUGCCGCGUGGAUAGAUAAAUGUAGACCAGAUUUAUUGAUAUCAGAAUCGACGUAUGCAACUACGAUUAGGGAUUCUAAAAGAUGCAGGGAAAGAGAUUUCCUUAAAAAAGUCCACGAGUGCAUUGACAAAGGCGGUAAAGUGCUGAUCCCUGUAUUUGCUCUCGGUCGCGCCCAAGAAUUAUGUAUACUUUUGGAAACAUAUUGGGAGAGAAUGAAUUUAAAAGUGCCCGUUUACUUUGCACUCGGUUUGACCGAGAAGGCUAAUAAUUAUUAUAAAAUGUUUAUCACCUGGACUAAUCAGAAAAUAAAGAAAACGUUUGUACAAAGAAAUAUGUUUGAAUUUAAGCAUAUAAAACCGUUCGAUAAAGCGUAUAUCGAUAAUCCAGGUGCGAUGGUGGUGUUUGCCACGCCGGGAAUGUUACACGCCGGUCUAUCUCUACAGAUAUUUAAGAAAUGGGCGCCUAACGAGGCCAAUAUGGUUAUCAUGCCGGGUUUCUGCGUGCAAGGCACCGUGGGUCAUAAGGUCUUGAACGGCACGCGCAGAAUAGAGUUUGAGAAUCGACAGAUCGUGGAAGUAAAAAUGGCCGUAGAAUACAUGUCCUUCUCCGCUCACGCCGAUGCGAAGGGGAUAAUGCAACUGAUACAGUAUUGCGAACCAAAAAACGUUAUGCUGGUACAUGGGGAAUUCGCCAAGAUGGAAUACUUGAAGGAGAAGAUUAAACAGGAAUUCGGUGUCAGCUGUUAUAAUCCCGCGAAUGGCGAAACUUGCGUCAUUACAACUACCUCCAAGGUUCCCGUGGAUGCUUCUUUAGCAUUGUUGAAGGCCGAAGCGAAAAGAUAUUCGGCUUUACCGCCAGAUCCGAAGAGGCGGAGAUUGCUUCACAGUGUUUUAAUGUUGAGAGAAGAUGGUGUUUGUCUCGUAGACGCGGAUGAGGUUGCAAAGGCUGCAGGUAUUACUAAACAUGUAGUGAGAUUUACAUCUACUGUACAAGUAAGAGAUCCUGGUCCAGCGCAUGCCACUACCUUAAAAUUGUUGCAACCGCUAAAAGAGAGAUUAUCAGGAUGGACAGUCCAAUUGACAGACGGCUCUAUAUCAGUUGAGUCUGUUUUGGUGAAAGUAGAAGGAGAUGAUGAUGAUCAAAAGAGUGUUUAUGUUUCGUGGACUAAUCAAGAUGAAGAUUUAGGUAGUUAUAUUCUCGGAUUUCUGCAAACAAUGUUGAAUUAAAGAAAAAGAAAUGAAUUGUCAAACAAGGAAAACUGAUUUGUGAUAUUAAAAUAUAGUUUUUCA